AUGGCGGCCGAUGUUGAAACACCGGCGAGUUGUCAGACAAUUAGAAAGCGAAAAAGAGAGAAGGAUCAUCCAAAACUUCUCAUUGAUGGAAAAGUUGAAGUGAGAAGUUUUGAAGAGGGGUUUCAAGGGUCAUGGCACACUGCAACUGUAAUUGACUGCAAAAAUUUGGUUCGUCAUGUCCAAUACGACCAUCUAUUAUGUGAUGAUGGUUCUGAGAAACUGACUGAAUAUGUUAAAGUAAGUCCCAUGCUUGAUGGUGCCUUUACCGCCAAUGGGACACUGCCUUAUUGUCGCGGCUUUAUAAGGCCGUUGGCACCUCCCCUUGACCUUGGGAAAUGGUGUCCCCAUUAUGGACAGUGUGUUGAUAUGUUUCACCAGGAGGCUUGGUGGGAAGGUGUGAUUUUCGACCAUGCAGAUGGUUCUGAGGAGCGAAAAAUUUUCUUCCCAGAUAUGGGUGACGAAUUGAAUGCUCAGAUUGAGAUGUUACGGAUUACUCAAGACUGGGAUGAGGGUACCGGAGAAUGGAAGCCUCGAGGGAAUUGGUUGUUUCUUGAGCUGAUUGAGGAACUUGAGCAAGAGUGGCCCCUUCUUGUUUCUGUGAAGCAAAUUUGGUAUGAAGUGCAAGUAAAGAAUGGUUUUCAGAAUCUCAAGGAAUGGACUUGUUCUGGGAGGGAUACGUGGAGGGACUUGGUGUUGCAGGUUAUUAUGGAUAAUUUUAAGUUAACUUGUAAGGAAUUUUUCCACCAACUGAAAUCUUCAGUGGGCUUGGGACAAGAAAGCCAGCUAUUACUGGAACUACCUUACUCUACUCUUGAUAGUAUACUGAAUCCUGAAGCAUAUUUUGGUAACGCUCUUGGAGUUGUCCCCUUUGAAACUACUUCUCAAUUGGAUAGAGAUUGUAUGCAGCCUAAUGAUUUAAAAGAUACUAGUCUUCAACCUGUUGAGAAGGAAAUUAAUCGGGAUUUGGCAUAUGCAAUGGAGGAUGAUAGGUGGGAUAGGAAUCUACCGAUUAGCUCAAUUGUUCCUAGCCCAGAAGAAGCUCUAUGUGCGCCACCUUCGGCUUUGUUGAUUUCACCUACUAAUUCUGAUGAAUAUUUGAGGAUCCUUUCCAGUGGAAACAGUGAAGCGUUUUCUUGUAUGAGUUCUAAAGACCCCAGUGGGAAGAUCAAACAUUCCACAAAAAGAAAUAGAAUCAAGUGGCUUCCUGCUAGCCGUGACAUGCUUCCUGAAGCUGAAUUUUGCCCUGAUGCAAUUGGUGAAUACAUCAACGAUUCUAGUUUCAAGAAGAAGGCUUCAACAUCAAAUGCUAGGAAGCAUCUCUUAUAUUUGGGAUGGAAAAUUGAGUAUGCGAGAGAUAUCAGUAUCACAAGAAAUCUCACAAGACUGCGUUACGUUACACCUGAUGGGAAGAAGUCUUAUCAGUCACUUCGUCAGGCCUGUCAAAGUUUGAUUGAACAUGGUUCUGCUCUGAUCCCCCAAGAUGAUGAAAGAAAUUUAGUUGCUGCACCUGAUGGUCCAUACCCAUCAUCACACACUGAACAACCACAAGUGUGCAAGGAGGCACCUGAGGCGCCUUCUCAUUCUUAUGACGUUGGCAAUCCUGAAUACUGCCCUCAAGCUGUAGUGGACUAUUAUCUGCUUGGAUUACAGGACCAAGAUGCCUAUCGCAGUGGCAAGAGAGAUGCUAAACUUCGGGAUAUGUCACUUAAAGCAAUGAAGCACCUCUCUGCCGUCGGGUGGUCAUUCCACUAUGGCUGGAGGAGAGGCAAGAGGGAAUUGCGCUACAGUUCUCCUAGUGGAAGAAUUAUUCAUAGUCUUCGAACGGCCUGCAAAUUCCAUAUAAAUAAAAGGGGACUCUCUAAUAGCAAUGCUUGUACCCCUGAACGAAGGCAAAAUAUUAUUUUCAGCAAGGAAGCCAAGGGCCAGUUAGCUAUUGAUGGAUCAUGUCCUCCACCAAUAGAGAUUCAGGGAAGUCUGAUAUCCUGGGAUGCAGUCCCUGAAAAGCAGCAAACAAAAUCUGCUAAUAUAUCAGUGUCAAGGGAACUUGUUGAACUGGGUAAAGCGACAAGAGAUGGAGUACAUGCUGCUUCUUGGUCAUAUACGACAAAUACUCAAAUUGGUUGUUCAGCAUUGCCGAGGACAGUAGCGGAAUCUAACACUUUGAUCAAGCUAAGAAAAAAUAUGGAUGUUGAUUUUUCUACACGUGUGCUGCGAUCAAGCAAAAUAGCGCGGAAAGUGGUUCCGUCUUCCUCUCACCACACCCCUAGAACUGUCUUGUCUUGGUUAAUAGACAAUAACGUUGUUUUGCCUGAGGCAAAAGUAUAUUACCGUGGCAGAAAGGGUGGUCAUCCAAUGGCAGAAGGGCUAAUUACUCGUGAUGGAAUCAAGUGCAAUUGUUGUCAAGUAGUUUUUACUCUCAGUAACUUUGAAGCUCAUGCUGGCAGCACCAAUCGCAGGCCUUCAGCGAAUAUUUUUUUGGAGGAUGGCAGGUCUCUCCUGGAUUGCCAAGUUCAAUUGAAAUGUAACAAUAGCAUGAGACGCGGAAGGACAAGACCACGUGAGAUGAAGGGUAAUCAGCAUCACAGCACAAAUGAUAAUAUAUGUUCGGUUUGUCACUAUGGUGGUGAAUUAGUUUUGUGUGAUCAGUGUCCAUCUUCAUUUCAUUUAAGUUGCCUUGGUUUGAAGGAUGUUCCAGUGGGUGACUGGUUCUGCCCAUCAUGCUGUUGUGGCAUUUGUGGGCAAAGCAGAUUCACCAAAGACAUUGGGCAAUUUACUGAUAAUAGUGCUCUCAAUUGUGAUCAGUGUGAGCAUCAAUAUCACAUUGGCUGCCUAAGGACAAAAGGUCUUGCAAACCUGGAUUGUUUUCCAAAGGAAAAUUGGUUCUGUAAUGAAAGAUGUGAACAGAUAUUUUUGGGCCUGCACAGGCUUUUGGGUAAACCAGUUGCAUUGGGGUUAGAAAAUCUAACUUGGACUUUGAUGAAAGAUUGGAGAUCUGAUUGUUGUGAUUAUGAUGCCUCUGAUAUUGAGGCCUCGAUGGAGAACUACAGCAAAUUAAAUGUUGCUCUUGGUGUGAUGCACGAGUGUUUUGAGCCUUUAAAGGAACCUCGGACCAGGCGGGAUCUUGUUGAAGACGUAAUUUUUAGUAGAUGGUCGGAGCUAAAUCGUUUAAACUUCCGAGGGUUCUAUACAGUGAUUUUAGAGAAAAAUGAUGAACUCAUUACAGUGGCUACUGUAAGGGUGUAUGGAGAAAAGGUGGCCGAAGUACCCCUUAUUGGUACACGGUUUCAAUAUCGCCGACUUGGAAUGUGCCGCAUUUUGAUGAACGAGCUUGAAAAGAAUGGUAGCAGGUCUCCUUUGAAGUUUUUGUAUUGGAAGACUCCCAUCAUUAGUACACCAGGGUUGUCCUCUGUAUUUCAGCCACACCUAACUUGUGGUGCGCUAAUGGAUGUUUGCCUCUGGGAGCUUUGUGUUAUCCCUAAGCUCAAGGAAUUGGGUGUGGGGACGCUAGUUUUGCCUGCUGUUCCUAGCGUGCUGAACACUUGGACCACUUCAUUUGGGUAUUCAAUAAUGACGGAGUCUGAGAGAUUAAACUUUCUAGACUACCCUUUCCUCGAUUUCCAGGGUACUGUCAUGUGCCAGAAACUCUUAAUGGAAAUCCCUUCCAGAGAAUUAAGCCUAUUGAAAGGAACCAAGCCAAAACUAUGUGAUGCAAUCAGUGAAAACAAUAUUGUUGGUUUGGAUGGGAACAGCGCUGUCUCUGAAGGUUUUCAGGCUGACCCAAUUGAAGAGAGCCAAAUUCUUGAAAAAGGACGUAUGGAUAUUGCUGGCGGCAAGGGCAAUGACAGAGGCAAUGGCACAGCUCCUUUGGUUAUUAUGGCGAACCAAGCAACUCCAGUUGAAUGUAUGCCGUGCCCAAGUGAAGUCAGUGUAGGCUGCUCAGUCGAAGCUGUUGAUCAGAAGGAAGGUGAACACAUAGGUAAUGGAAUGUUUAAAUGCUAUAUCUGCUUGUGA